AUGGAAGGAAAAAGAAUUUUAGUCACUGGUGCCGGUCAAGGUAUUGGUAGAGCAAUCUGUUUAGAAUUAGCCUCAAAGGGUGCCAAAGUUGCUCUUGCUGAUAUUAACGUCGAAAACUGUAACGAAACUAUCGAAUUAAUGAAAAAAGUCAGUGCCACUGUUGAAACUGUUGCCAUUAAAUGUGAUAUCUCAAAGACUGAAGAUGUUGUUGCUAUGGUCCAAACUGUUGCUGAAAAAUUAGGUGGUAUCGAUGGUGCUGUUAACAAUGCUGGUAUUUUAGGUACCUUAGCUAGAAUCAGUGAAUACCCAGAAGAAACCUUCACUAAAAUGAUGGAUAUUAACAUCAAAGGUACCUGGUUAUGUAUCAAAGAAGUAGUCAAACAAAUGGAAAAACAAGGCAAAGGUGACUACAGUAUCGUCAACAUCAGUUCCAUUGCUGGUUUACUUGGUUUUGCUUACAAUGCAUCCUAUGGUGCUGUUAAACACGCUAUCUUAGGUAUCACCAAAGCUGCUGCUGCUGAAUACGGUGUCAAUGGUAUCAGAGUCAAUGCCGUUCUUCCAGGUAGUACCGAAACUUCAAUGUUACGUCAAUUCUUACCAGCUGAACAUCAACCACAUUUAGAAGCUCAAACUCCUUUACGUAGAAUCUGCCAACCAGUUGAAAUUGCUAAACCAGUUUGUUUCUUAUUAAACGGUACCGAAUCAUCAUACAUUACCGGUCAAUCAUUAGUUGUUGAUGGUGGUCUCUCAAUCGUUUAA